AUGAUGCGGUCGCACAACAAGGUCUACGCGGCCGGCGACGCGCCGCUGCUCCUCGACGUCGUCCAGCAGCCCGGCGUGACCUGCGAGGCCGUCGCCGCGGCCGCCGCGCGCAACGGCGACGACGCCGUCGACGCCCACGGCGCGACGGCGCUCCACCUCAUCUGCGCCAACGAGCGCGCGACGCCGGCGCUGCUACGCGCCGUCGCGGCCGCGCUGCCCGAGGCGUCCGUGCGCGCGAAGACGACCGCGAGCCACCCGAAGCUCGGCGGCAAGUACAACGGCGCGGGCUCGACGGCCUUCACGGCCCUCGUGCGGAACCGCACUGCGACGCCCGCGCUGCUCCGCGCGCUCCACGCCGUCGACGACGGAUUGAUCUCGAUGCGGACGGACAACGGCACGACGGUCUACCACGACCUCAUGCUGACGCCGCGGCCCGACGACGCCGAGCGGGCGGCCCUCUUCGAGUGCAUCCACGAGCUGGCGCCGGACCUGGUCCGGGUGACGCACAACUGGGACUACACGCCCCUGCACCAAAUCUGCUGGUGCUGCGGCCUCUUCGACGGCACGCGGCCCGAGACGAUCGAGGCGCUCUACGGUCUCGACCCGGCGGCGCUCCGGCGGCGGGACUGCGACGGGCGGACGCCGCUCCAGAGCAUCUACGAGAAGCGCGCGCCGCUCCGCUGCCUGCGGGCCGUCGCGGCGCUGGAGCCGGACCUCGCGGCGGACCACGGCCUCACGGCGCUCCACCUCGCGUGCGCGGCGCGCGACGCGACGGCGGCGGACGUCGAGGAGGCCAUGGACGCCUGCGCCGCGACCCUGGACGCCGUCGACUACGCGGGCCUGACGGCGCUCGCGCGGCUCCCGGCCAGCGGCGCGGCGCGGCUCCGGGACGAGCGCGCGGCCGACGGCCGCGAGCACGAGCUCCUCGCGGCCGCCGUCGUCGCCAAGGCGCCGGCCGUCGCGCUCCGCGCCUUCGGCGACGCGUCCCUGCUCCAGGUCGCCUGCCGCUGCCCCGAGGCCGCGCGCAAAGCCGUCGCCGCCGUCGUCCGGUCGCGCGCGCGCGGCGACACGGACACGACGCAAUCCGUCGACGAGGCCCUGCUGCCGGAGAUCCUGCACGGCCUCCAGGGCGUCGCGCUGGACCACGCCUGCGCCGUCGACCUGUUGCGGGACGUCGUCGACAGCGUCAACGCGCGGCCCGGCGCGGUCGUCGUCAUCGUCUUCGACCAGCUCUGCAACGCGGCGCUCUGCGUCUUCUACGCCGUCGCGGCCUACGACCUGCGCGCCGCGGCGCCGGCCCGGCGGCGGCUCGCCGUGUCGUCCGCCGUCGUCGCCGUCGUCGCGGCGUACCAGGCGCUCCGCGAGGUCCUCGCGUUCGCCGCGAUGCGGCGCCUCGGCGCGCAGCGGCGCUACGCGGACGACGGCUUCGCCUACGUCAAGUGGCUCUGCUUCGCGUGGGUCGGCGCGACGUUCGUCGUGGAGCGGCGCUCGCGGCAGCUCGACGUCGUCGCGGCCUGGGGCGCGCUGCUCCUCGCGACGCGGCUCCUCGUCGACCUCCGGCAGCUGUCGAUGCACCUCACGCGCUUCAUCGUCGCGCUGCGGAUGACGCUCUUCGACUCCGCGGCGUUCCUGCUCGUGCUGCUGAUCGCGCUCGUCGGCUUCGGGGAGGCGCUCUACUUCCUGAUGGCGCCCGGCGGCGCGCCCAUGGGCUUCGCGUACGACGCGGGCUCUGGCGGGGACGACGGCGCGCCCGACGACCCCUACGCGUCGCCCCAGGGGAUGAUGAUGAAGAUGUACGCGAUUUUACUGGGCGAGUUCGACGAGGCGCAGUACGUCAACGACUGGGCCUUCGUCAUGUUCGUCGUCUUCACGCUCGUCGGCGUCAUCAUCCUGCUGAACCUGCUCAUCGCCGUCGUCUCGGACUCCUACGAGAACGCGCAGGCGCGGUCGCGCGUGCUCUUCGUGCGGAGCCGCCUCGAGCUCGCCGCGGGGCUCGUCGCCGUCUUCCCGCGCCGCUUCCUCCGCGACGCGGGCCUCGGCCAGGCGCGCGGCGACAUGCUGCGGCUGCUCUGGGGGCCCAAGUUCACGACGCGCCUCGGCGGCGCCGAGGAGCGCGUCGGCGGCGUCCGCGCGUUCCUCGGCGAGAAGCACGGCUACGGCGCGGGCGGCUGGGCGCUGCUCGCGUGCUCGUGCACGGUCUUCCUGCCCGCGGUGGCGCCCUGGGCCCUCGCGCGCUGCUGCGCGCGCGUCUGCGGCGGCGACGCGUCCUGGACGAACCCGGAGCGGCUCCUGGCGACGCCGGACCCGUCGCGCGACGCCGACGAGUGGCUCGGGAGGCUCGGCGAGAUCGAGCGCGCGCUCCGGCGCCGCGGCGAGGCCGUCGACGCCGCGCUCGAGGCCCAGUCCGCGGGGCUCCGGGGCCGCCUCGAGGAAAAGCUCGAGGCCCUCGAGUCGAAGCUCUACAAGCUCGACGCGACGAACCACGCGCUCGAGUCGAAGCUCGACGCGGUCCUCGCGAGGCUCGCCGACCAGGGGAAGCGGCCGCGGGAGGGGGACCUCGGGUCGACGGUGAAGACGGAGAGCGCCGCACUCUCAGCGCUGCGCCACGACGCGAACGACGCCACGGCGUGCAACGACGACAACAGUUUGACGACGGGACAAAAACCCCGUCGUCACAACGAAACCGACAUGACCGACACCGUCGAAAUCACGCGCGACGCGCCGCUGUCGGCGUCGCUCCAGGCCUUGACGGAGACCUACCCUGAUGCGCCCGCGGCGGAGCUGCGGCGCUUCGCCGACGCGCGGCCCGACAGCCAAGAGGGCGCGCUGGCCUUGUACGCCAAGUACCUCGCCUGGCGCGAGGCCGACGGCUCCGCGGCCGCGCUGGCCGAGGCCGCGGCGCCGCUCGGCGGCACGAUCAGCGAGGGCUUCGCGAGCCUCGGCCCGAAAACGGCCGGCGACCGCGUGCUGCUCGUCGAGGGCGCGCGCUACGACAGCGCCUUCGACCACGCGGCCUACGUCGCGCUGCUCUGCUCGCACAUGGACGCCGCCUGCGCCGCGGCCGACGCCAAUCGCGUCGUCGUCGUCGUCGACUGCCGGCCCUGCCGGGGCUGGCCGAGCCCCGCGGGCUGGUCCUUCCUGCCGCUGCUCCGCGCCAUCCUCGGCACGGCCCCCGACUGCUACCCGGAGCGCCUGCGCACCGUCGUCGUCUUCCCGGUGCCGUACUGGGCGGCGAUGAUCAUGAACACCGUGACCGCGCUGCUCGACCCCGUCACGCGGGACAAGAUCGCGCUCGUCGCCGGCGACACGGACGUCGACACGCCCUGCCCCGCGGGCGUCUGGGACCACGUCGCCGCCGACGCGCUCCCGCCCCGCGCGCGGUGCCGCCGCCCGCCCUAG